AUGAGCUGUUGUGGAAGCAAGCACCAGACUCACAAUUCCUAUGAGUUACCAGCUGAGAAAUUAGACCAUGAACAGAACUUUCUUGCUAAGACUAAGAUAACGGAUAAUAAAUCCAGCAAUGGUUUUGAGGAUGAUGACGUCAUUACAUCAGACACCACUUCUGAAACCAACAUGAUUGCAGACUGCACCAGAGAAUUGACUGUGCUAUACGUAGAACAUCAAAGACCUGAAACACGGACAAAGCAUGGGGAUGCUACUUCUACCAACUCUGAAGCAGAGCUUGACAAAGCCAAGUCUAAUGAGAAGAGAACACAGGGUAAGGCAUGCCCUCAAGAAAAACAGCCAGAAGAAAAGAUACCAAAAGUACCAAUGGGACAAGGACCAUAUUUUUAUAUCAGCGGAUCUAAUGGAGCUGGGCUUGUGAGCAUCUAUUGCCAGAGUAGAGGCUGGCAGCGUAUCUAUGACAACGGAAGAGAGGAUUAUGCACUGAAAUGGUGUGAAAUCAAGUGCCGAGAGACCUAUUACCAUUUCAAAGAAGGUGAACAGCUUCUCUACCAGAUUCCCAACAACGGGGUCCUUACCAGUAAGAUAGGGCUUUUAUGCUGCCUGAGAGAGCAACAGCGGAUGAUCAAAAGGAUCAGUAGGAGCUCUAAUUCCAAGUUACUGAAGAUGGAAGAAUUCUUCCCAGAAUCUUUUCGCCUGGACUUAACAGAUGAGAGAAAUGCUUUUUUUGAGCUUUACAAAGAAGAACAGAUUUGGAUCUGCAAACCAAGUUGCUCUAACCAAGGUCGAGGAAUCUUCCUGCUUAAAAAUCCAGCUGCUGUCAACACCCUUCGAGCCAAGCUCCACAGCACUGAGGAAUACCUACUCAAUAAGAGGGUGCCAUACAAGGCUCCCCAGGCAAGAAUAGUGCAAAGGUAUAUUCACCAGCCUCUGCUCCUGGAAGGGAAGAAGUUUGAUGUCCGGUCUUAUCUCCUCAUUGCCUGCACAGCACCAUACGUGUUAUUUUUUGCCCAAGGUUACAUCAGGUUGACCUGUGUCAAUUAUGAUGCCGCUUCUGAUGAUCUGACUGUGCAUCUGACCAAUCAGUACAUGCAGAAGAAGAACUCCCUGUACAGCCAGCUGAAAGAUGAGACAGUUUGGCGGAUGGAGCACUUCAACAGCUACGUUAAUGAGAAGUUCAGAAAAACCAAUGGCCUCCCCAAAGACUGGGUUUUCACUGUGUUUACUAAAAGGAUGCAGCAGAUCAUGUUGCAGUGCUUCCUGGCAGCCAAGCACAAACUGGAUUGCAAACUGGGCUACUUUGACCUCAUCGGCUGUGACUUUUUAAUUGAUGAAAACUUUAAGGUCUGGCUUCUGGAGAUGAAUGCAAACCCAGCAUUGCAUACUAACUGCAAAGCCUUGAGAGACAUCAUCCCAGCUGUAGUCUAUGAGAGUCUCGAUUUGGUUCUUGAGGUUUUCAACAAGCGCCUCAAAGGCCAGGGUGUUUUGCCUUUAGAGACACUCUGCCGUUUUGUGCUUCUCUACCAUGAGGAUGCUGCACACCUUGGCCAGAAACAGCCCUCGAAGCUCAGAACUGGCCUGCGUACAGGCCAGUAUCUGCGGCCACACACAGGCGGUACCAGCCACUUCGGUCACAGCCCUGCCAAGGUGCUGGAGAACUCUUCCAAGAAGCCUGGUUGCUCUAGAAAAAAGGUUGCCUUGUUGCCCAGAAAGAAUUGUCAACAAACUCCUAACUAUACCACACCUGCAACUCUCCGACCAUCAUGGAAAAACCCUCUGAACCAUCACAGAGCAAGAGGGUUUCCACAAGUUCAGAAGACAUAA